AUGAGGUGGAAAUGUGUGUGGUUGUGUUUCCUUGCAUUGUCUGUUGCCAGCAUCAAGGAUGUCCAAGCCAGACAGGUUCGCAACCAUGUCAGCAGCAUCUGCAGCACAUGGGGCAGAGAGCACUUCAAGACCUUUGACGGUGAUGUUUACCAGUUUCCUGGUAUGUGUGAAUACAACUUGGCCUCUGACUGCCAUGACUCUUACCAGGAGUUCUCGGUGCACAUGAAGAGGAAGGAGAAUGAUGGAGACGCUACAGUCAGUUAUGUGGUGGUUACCAUCAAUGACCUUUCUUUCCACCUCACCAAGAGCCAGGUCACUGUGAAUGACCUUCCUGUCAAGAUGCCAUACUACAAUGCUGGGGUACAAGUGGAAAAAAAUGCUGUUUACAUCAAGCUCCAGUCCAAAGUUGGCAUUACUGUCAUGUGGAAUGGUGAUGAUGCAGUCAUGGUAGAGGUGGAUCAGGAUUAUGCUAAUCGUACUUGUGGACUUUGUGGAGACUUCAAUGGUGUUUCUGUCUACAAUGAGUUCAUUCAUAAUGGCCUCAAAAUUAGCCCCAUUGAGUUUGGCAACAAACAGAAAGCCCACCGUCCAAACGAUGAUUGUGAGGACCCCUAUGAACAGGAGGAUGAAUCACCAGAGAAACAGACCGUGCGGGAUUCUUGCAAGGAGUUUCAAACCACCUGUAAACAGAUGCUACGUUCAGAGUCCUGGAGCUCCUGCACCAAACUGAUUAACCCUGAGCCUUACAUCCAAGCCUGUGUGCAGGACAUGUGUGGCUGCAUCAACAGUACAAAUGACUCAUGUGUCUGCAGCACACUGUCUGAGUUCUCUAGACAGUGUUCCCAUGCUGGAGGACAGCCUCCCAACUGGAGGACACCUCAGUUCUGUGCUAAACAGUGCCUAUACAACAUGGUUUAUGAAGAGAGUGGUUCUCCUUGCAUGGAUACUUGCACACACUCGGACACAAGUUCACUGUGUGAGGAUCACAAAAUGGACGGCUGCUUCUGUCCUCCUGGAACUGUGUUUGAUGAUAUUUCCAUGAGAGGGUGCAUUGCUCAAUCUGAAUGUCAGUGCAAGCAUGACAAAAUCUAUAACUCUGGUGACGUCUACCGACAGGACAGAAAGAAUUGUACAUGUUCUGAAGGAAGAUGGGUUUGUGAGAGCCUUCAAAUACCUGCCACAUGUGCUGUUGAAGAGGGUUCACAUGUAACUACCUUUGAUGGGAAAACUUUCACCUUCCAUGGAGACUGUUAUUACACCUUGGCCAAGGUGGAAAACAAGAAUGAUGCUGGUCCAAAGUUCACCAUCCUGGUACAGUUGGCGCCAUGUGCAAACCAAGAGUUUGACACUUGUCUUAAGGCCCUUAAAAUCCUGCUGAACAAUGACAGAAACAAUGUAUUAAUGUUCACUUCUGAUGGGGCAGUAAAGCAGAAUAUGCAGACCAUUAGUUUGCCGUACCACUCAGGUGACAUCAACAUAUUCCACGCUUCAUCCUUUCACAUUUUGCUCCAGACAAGUUUUGGAUUGCAAAUUCAAAUCCAGCAUGUGCCUGUCAUGCAAGUGUAUGUCAGCCUGGACCAGAGCUACAAAUCAAAGACACGUGGUUUGUGUGGUAACUACAACAUGAUCCUGUCUGAUGACAUGAAGACUCCUCAGGGGAUUGUGGAGGGAACAGCAGCCACUUUUAGUAACUCAUGGAAAACUAACCUCAUGUGCCAAGACAGAGAGGAAAGACUUGAUGACCCCUGUUCCCUCAGUGUGGAAAAUGAGGGAUACGCCAAACAUUGGUGCGCCUUGCUAAUAAGUCCAAAUAGUACCUUCACACAGUGCCAUUCAGUGGUGGAUCCUGAGAUAUAUUCUAAGCGGUGUAUUUACGCAACCUGUAACUGCGAGAAGAGUGAGGCCUGUCUGUGUGCCGUCUUGUCCUCCUAUGCACGAGCUUGUGCAUCUAUGGGAGUGUUCUUGACAAAUUGGAGAGACAAUGUGUGUGAUAAAUACACAAGGAGCUGCCCAGCAUCUCAGACCUUCUCUUACAAGCAUCAGAGAUGCCAGUUGACGUGUAGAUCACUGGGCUCAGAGCAGCAGAGCUGCACUUCUGACUUCUUGCCUGUGGAUGGCUGCUCCUGUCCUGAGGGUCUCUACCUAAAUGAAAAUGGCAAAUGCGUCCCCAUGGCAAAAUGUCCCUGCUACCACGACGAAGUCUACAUCAAGCCAGGAAAGUCUAUAAACAUGAAGGACGAACACUGUGUGUGCACUAAUGGAAAGCUUCAUUGCCGUUCUUGGGGACCCCGCUCAUCAGCAUGCCCCUCUCCAAAAGUGUUCUUCAACUGCUCCACUGCUGGCAAAGGAGAGCUUGGACUACAGUGUGCUCGAACUUGUUUAAAUCUGGACAGCGAUGAUUGUGACUCCACAGAGUGUAAAUCAGGCUGUCGCUGUCCAUUAGGCCUUGUUGAUGAUGGCAAAGGUUCCUGUGUGAAAGAACAUGAAUGUCCAUGUCAGCACAAUGGGCAUCUCUAUCUCCGUGGAACACGAAUUCCUAACAAGUGCAACACCUGUACCUGCAAAAGUGGAAAAUGGGAGUGCACAGAGAAAAAAUGCUCAGGAACCUGCGUUAUUUAUGGAAGUGGUCAUUACAACACAUUUGAUCAGCGAACAUAUGGGUUUCAAGGACAUUGUGCCUAUGUUGCAAUGAAGAACAAAUGUGGCAAUAAAACAGUACAGGACAACUUUGGAGUUAUCACAGAAAAUGUACCAUGUGGCACUACUGGCACCACAUGCUCCAAAACUGUCCGAAUCCAACUGGGGCAAAAGGAAGUUAAACUGUCAAAGGGUAAAUAUGAAGAGACGGACCUGGGAUAUGGCAGUCAGAUUCAGUACAAAAUAAGAAGGGUUGGCUUGUAUCUGGUCAUAGAAUCUGCCAUUGGUCUGGCAGUGAUGUGGGAUCGCAAAACAACUGUUCGCAUCCUGUUGGAACCACAGCACAGGGGAGAGGUAUGUGGCUUGUGUGGAGAUUUUGAUGGUGAUGGACAGAAUGACUUUACCACCCAAGGUCAGCUGACAGUGAGCAAUCCGUUAGAAUUUGCUAACAGCUGGAAAGUGUCUAGCACUUGCCCAGAUGUGGACACAAAUGUAGAUCCUUGUGGAGCAACACCCAAUCGACAUCACUGGGCAAAAAUGAUGUGCAGCAUUAUAACUGGAGAUACGUUCAAAAACUGCCGCAAUAAGGUAGAUCCUCGUCCAUUUUAUGAUAACUGUGUGAAAGAUUCCUGUGCCUGUGACACUGGAGGAGACUGUGAAUGUUUCUGCUCAGCAGUUGCAGCUUAUGCUCAAGCUUGUAAUGAGGCUGGUGUCUGUGUUGCAUGGAGAACUCCAGAAAUCUGUCCUGUCUUUUGUGACUACUACAAUGACCCGGGUGAAUGCAAGUGGCACUACAAUCCUUGUCACACACCUUGCUACAAGACCUGUUUGAAUCCACAAGGAAAUUGUAGCAACCCUAUACCCAACCUGGAAGGCUGUUACCCUGUUUGCCCUGAAGAUAAGCCCAUAUUUGAUGAGGAGAAGCAGGAAUGUGUGGAGGAAUGUGAAGGUUGCUUUUACAACGGGACUAGAUAUGAAGACCAUGACGUUAUUUACAAUGUGACUGACAACAUGGGAAUGUGCUACUACGCAAUCUGUAUUAAUACAACAAUAACAUUUAUAAAUGAAACCUGCUCUACAACAACUGUUUCACCAUCAACAUCACCAACGAUUACUACAGUCACUACACCUGUGACAACGGUAACUGAAACCGGUACUACAACUCUAAAGCCAACUGUAAGCCCCACAGCCCUCCCUACUAGAACAACUGAAGAGCAAACCACAACCACAGAAUCUACAACCACACCAACAGGACCCCCAACUACAACAGAGGGGCCAACAACAACCACAAAAUCGACAACUUCACCAACUGAACCGCCCUCUACAACUCCAGGGACAACUUCUACACCUGUGACAACGGUAACUGAACCCGGUACUACAACUCUAAAGCCAACUGUAAGCCCAACAACCACAAAAUCUACAACCCUGACCACCGAACCUCCUACUACAACUCAAAGGACAACCACAAAAUCGACAACUUCACCAACUGAACCGCCCUCUACAACUCCAGGGACAACUUCUACACCUGUGCCAACGGUAACUGAAACCGGUACUACAACUCUAAAGCCAACUGUAAGCCCCACAGCCCUCCCUACUAGAACAACUGAAGAGCAAACCACAACCACAGAAUCUACAACCACACCAACAGGACCCCCAACUACAACAGAGGGGCCAACAACAACCACAAAAUCGACAACUUCACCAACUGAACUGCCCUCUACAACUCCAGGGACAACUUCUACACCUGUGACAACGGUAACUGAACCCGGUACUACAACUCUAAAGCCAACUGUAAGCCCAACAACCACAAAAUCUACAACCCUGACCACCGAACCUCCUACUACAACUCAAAGGACAACCACAAAAUCGACAACUUCACCAACUGAACCGCCCUCUACAACUCCAGGGACAACUUCUACACCUGUGCCAACGGUAACUGAAACCGGUACUACAACUCUAAAGCCAACUGUAAGCCCCACAGCCCUCCCUACUAGAACAACUGAAGAGCAAACCACAACCACAGAAUCUACAACCACACCAACAGGACCCCCAACUACAACAGAGGGGCUAACCACAACCACAACAGAGGGGCCAACAACAACCAUAAAAUCUACAACCCUGACCACCGAACCUCCUACUACAACUCAAAGGACAACCACAAAAUCGACAACUUCACCAACUGAAUCGCCUUCUACAACUCCAGGGACAACUUCUGCCACUACUCCAUGUAUUAAUACGUGUGAGUGGUCAGACUGGUAUGAUGUACAUAAUCCAGAAGAGGACAAAAGUGACUGGGAAACAUAUGAGAACAUCACAAAUAGUGGUAAAAAAAUAUGUGAAAAACCAAAUGAAAUUGAUUGUAGAUCAGCAGCUCAACCUGACAUGGAUUUCGAUGACUAUUUGAGUGAAACUCACCAAGUUGUUUCCUGUGAUUUGGAAAUUGGCUUAAUAUGUAGAAAAGAGGACCAGAAAAGCCGUCCAUUCAAGUGCUUCAACUAUAAGAUCAGAGUUUGUUGUGAGGUAAACAUAUGUGGAAGCACAACCCCAACAAAUACACCUAUUAUCACAACUAAGGGACCAACCACAACCACAACAGAGGAGCCAACCACAGCCACAAAAUCAACAACCCCAACCGCUGUACCUCCUACUACAACUAAGGGACCAACCCCAACCACAACAGAGGAGCCAACCACAACCACAAAAUCUACAUCUCCGACCUCUGUACCUCCUAGUACAACUGGUGGGACAACCACAACUACAAAAUCAACAACCCCAACCGCUGUACCUCCUAGUACAACUCAGAGUCCAACCACAAGCACAACAGAGGAGCCAACCACGACCACAAAAUCUACAUCUCCGACCUCUGUACCUCCAAGUACAACUGGUGGGACAACCACAACCACAAAAUCAACAACCCCAACCGCUGUACCUCCUACUACAACUAAGGGACCAACCCCAACCACAACAGAGGAGCCAACCACGACCACAAAAUCUACAUCUCCGACCUCUGUACCUCCUAGUACAACUGGUGGGACAACCACAACCACAAAAUCAACAACCCCAACCGCUGUACCUCCUAGUACAACUAAGGGACCAACCCCAACCACAACAGAGGAGCCAACCACGACCACAAAAUCUACAUCUCCGACCUCUGUACCUCCAAGUACAACUGGUGGGACAACCACAACCACAAAAUCAACAACCCCAACCGCUGUACCUCCUAGUACAACUCAGAGUCCAACCACAAGCACAACAGAGGAGCCAACCACGACCACAAAAUCUACAUCUCCGACCUCUGUACCUCCUAGUACAACUGGUGGGACAACCACAACCACAAAAUCAACAACCCCAACCGCUGUACCUCCUACUACAACUCAGAGUCCAACCACAAGCACAACAGAGGAGCCAACCACGACCACAAAAUCUACAUCUCCGACCUCUGUACCUCCUAGUACAACUGGUGGGACAACCACAACCACAAAAUCAACAACCCCAACCGCGGUACCUCCUAGUACAACUAAGGGACCAACCCCAACCACAACAGAGGAGCCAACCACGACCACAAAAUCUACAUCUCCGACCUCUGUACCUCCAAGUACAACUGGUGGGACAACCACAACCACAAAAUCAACAACCCCAACCACUGUACCUCCUAGUACAACUAAGGGACCAACCCCAACCACAACAGAGGAGCCAACCACGACCACAAAAUCUACAUCUCCGACCUCUGUACCUCCAAGUACAACUGGUGGGACAACCACAACCACAAAAUCAACAACCCCAACCGCUGUACCUCCUAGUACAACUAAGGGACCAACCCCAACCACAACAGAGGAGCCAACCACGACCACAAAAUCUACAUCUCCGACCUCUGUACCUCCAAGUACAACUGGUGGGACAACCACAACCACAAAAUCAACAACCCCAACCGCUGUACCUCCUACUACAACUAAGGGACCAACCCCAACCACAACAGAGGAGCCAACCACGACCACAAAAUCUACAUCUCCGACCUCUGUACCUCCUAGUACAACUGGUGGGACAACCACAACCACAAAAUCAACAACCCCAACCGCUGUACCUCCUAGUACAACUAAGGGACCAACCCCAACCACAACAGAGGAGCCAACCAUGACCACAAAAUCUACAUCUCCGACCUCUGUACCUCCAAGUACAACUGGUGGGACAACCACAACCACAAAAUCAACAACCCCAACCGCUGUACCUCCUACUACAACUAAGGGACCAACCCCAACCACAACAGAGGAGCCAACCACGACCACAAAAUCUACAUCUCCGACCUCUGUACCUCCUAGUACAACUGGUGGGACAACCACAACUACAAAAUCAACAACCCCAACCGCUGUACCUCCUAGUACAACUCAGAGUCCAACCACAAGCACAACAGAGGAGCCAACCACGACCACAAAAUCUACAUCUCCGACCUCUGUACCUCCAAGUACAACUGGUGGGACAACCACAACCACAAAAUCAACAACCCCAACCACUGUACCUCCUACUACAACUAAGGGACCAACCCCAACCACAACAGAGGAGCCAACCACGACCACAAAAUCUACAUCUCCGACCUCUGUACCUCCUAGUACAACUGGUGGGACAACCACAACCACAAAAUCAACAACCCCAACCGCUGUACCUCCUAGUACAACUCAGAGUCCAACCACAAGCACAACAGAGGAGCCAACCACGACCACAAAAUCUACAUCUCCGACCUCUGUACCUCCAAGUACAACUGGUGGGACAACCACAACCACAAAAUCAACAACCCCAACCGCUGUACCUCCUACUACAACUAAGGGACCAACCCCAACCACAACAGAGGAGCCAACCACGACCACAAAAUCUACAUCUCCGACCUCUGUACCUCCUAGUACAACUGGUGGGACAACCACAACCACAAAAUCAACAACCCCAACCGCUGUACCUCCUACUACAACUCAGAGUCCAACCACAAGCACAACAGAGGAGCCAACCACGACCACAAAAUCUACAUCUCCGACCUCUGUACCUCCUAGUACAACUGGUCGGACAACCACAACCACAAAAUCAACAACCCCAACCGCUGUACCUCCUAGUACAACUAAGGGACCAACCCCAACCACAACAGAGGAGCCAACCACGACCACAAAAUCUACAUCUCCGACCUCUGUACCUCCAAGUACAACUGGUGGGACAACCACAACCACAAAAUCAACAACCCCAACCACUGUACCUCCUAGUACAACUAAGGGACCAACCCCAACCACAACAGAGGAGCCAACCACGACCACAAAAUCUACAUCUCCGACCUCUGUACCUCCAAGUACAACUGGUGGGACAACCACAACCACAAAAUCAACAACCCCAACUGCUGUACCUCCUAGUACAACUAAGGGACCAACCCCAACCACAACAGAGGAGCCAACCACGACCACAAAAUCUACAUCUCCGACCUCUGUACCUCCAAGUACAACUGGUGGGACAACCACAACCACAAAAUCAACAACCCCAACCGCUGUACCUCCUACUACAACUAAGGGACCAACCCCAACCACAACAGAGGAGCCAACCACGACCACAAAAUCUACAUCUCCGACCUCUGUACCUCCUAGUACAACUGGUGGGACAACCACAACCACAAAAUCAACAACCCCAACCGCUGUACCUCCUAGUACAACUAAGGGACCAACCCCAACCACAACAGAGGAGCCAACCACGACCACAAAAUCUACAUCUCCGACCUCUGUACCUCCUAGUACAACUGGUGGGACAACCACAACCACAAAAUCAACAACCCCAACCGCUGUACCUCCUACUACAACUAAGGGACCAACCCCAACCACAACAGAGGAGCCAACCACGACCACAAAAUCUACAUCUCCGACCUCUGUACCUCCUAGUACAACUGGUGGGACAACCACAACUACAAAAUCAACAACCCCAACUGCUGUACCUCCUAGUACAACUCAGAGUCCAACCACAAGCACAACAGAGGAGCCAACCACGACCACAAAAUCUACAUCUCCGACCUCUGUACCUCCAAGUACAACUGGUGGGACAACCACAACCACAAAAUCAACAACCCCAACCACUGUACCUCCUACUACAACUAAGGGACCAACCCCAACCACAACAGAGGAGCCAACCACGACCACAAAAUCUACAUCUCCGACCUCUGUACCUCCUAGUACAACUGGUGGGACAACCACAACCACAAAAUCAACAACCCCAACCGCUGUACCUCCUACUACAACUAAGGGACCAACCACAAGCACAACAGAGGAGCCAACCACGACCACAAAAUCUACAUCUCCGACCUCUGUACCUCCAAGUACAACUGGUGGGACAACCACAACCACAAAAUCAACAACCCCAACCGCUGUACCUCCUACUACAACUAAGGGACCAACCCCAACCACAACAGAGGAGCCAACCACGACCACAAAAUCUACAUCUCCGACCUCUGUACCUCCAAGUACAACUGGUGGGACAACCACAACCACAAAAUCAACAACCCCAACCGCUGUACCUCCUACUACAACUAAGGGACCAACCCCAACCACAACAGAGGAGCCAACCACGACCACAAAAUCUACAUCUCCGACCUCUGUACCUCCAAGUACAACUGGUGGGACAACCACAACCACAAAAUCAACAACCCCAACCGCUGUACCUCCUACUACAACUAAGGGACCAACCCCAACCACAACAGAGGAGCCAACCACGACCACAAAAUCUACAUCUCCGACCUCUGUACCUCCUAGUACAACUGGUGGGACAACCACAACCACAAAAUCAACAACCCCAACCGCUGUACCUCCUACUACAACUAAGGGACCAACCCCAACCACAACAGAGGAGCCAACCACGACCACAAAAUCUACAUCUCCGACCUCUGUACCUCCUAGUACAACUGGUGGGACAACCACAACCACAAAAUCAACAACCCCAACCGCUGUACCUCCUAGUACAACUAAGGGACCAACCCCAACCACAACAGAGGAGCCAACCACGACCACAAAAUCUACAUCUCCGACCUCUGUACCUCCAAGUACAACUGGUGGGACAACCACAACCACAAAAUCAACAACCCCAACCGCUGUACCUCCUACUACAACUAAGGGACCAACCCCAACCACAACAGAGGAGCCAACCACGACCACAAAAUCUACAUCUCCGACCUCUGUACCUCCUAGUACAACUGGUGGGACAACCACAACCACAAAAUCAACAACCCCAACCGCUGUACCUCCUAGUACAACUCAGAGUCCAACCACAAGCACAACAGAGGAGCCAACCACGACCACAAAAUCUACAUCUCCGACCUCUGUACCUCCAAGUACAACUGGUGGGACAACCACAACCACAAAAUCAACAACCCCAACCGCUGUACCUCCUACUACAACUAAGGGACCAACCCCAACCACAACAGAGGAGCCAACCACGACCACAAAAUCUACAUCUCCGACCUCUGUACCUCCUAGUACAACUGGUGGGACAACCACAACCACAAAAUCAACAACCCCAACCGCUGUACCUCCUACUACAACUAAGGGACCAACCCCAACCACAACAGAGGAGCCAACCACGACCACAAAAUCUACAUCUCCGACCUCUGUACCUCCUAGUACAACUGGUGGGACAACCACAACCACAAAAUCAACAACCCCAACCGCUGUACCUCCUAGUACAACUAAGGGACCAACCCCAACCACAACAGAGGAGCCAACCACGACCACAAAAUCUACAUCUCCGACCUCUGUACCUCCAAGUACAACUGGUGGGACAACCACAACCACAAAAUCAACAACCCCAACCGCUGUACCUCCUACUACAACUAAGGGACCAACCCCAACCACAACAGAGGAGCCAACCACGACCACAAAAUCUACAUCUCCGACCUCUGUACCUCCUAGUACAACUGGUGGGACAACCACAACUACAAAAUCAACAACCCCAACCGCUGUACCUCCUAGUACAACUCAGAGUCCAACCACAAGCACAACAGAGGAGCCAACCACGACCACAAAAUCUACAUCUCCGACCUCUGUACCUCCAAGUACAACUGGUGGGACAACCACAACCACAAAAUCAACAACCCCAACCGCUGUACCUCCUACUACAACUAAGGGACCAACCCCAACCACAACAGAGGAGCCAACCACGACCACAAAAUCUACAUCUCCGACCUCUGUACCUCCUAGUACAACUGGUGGGACAACCACAACUACAAAAUCAACAACCCCAACCGCUGUACCUCCUAGUACAACUCAGAGUCCAACCACAAGCACAACAGAGGAGCCAACCACGACCACAAAAUCUACAUCUCCGACCUCUGUACCUCCAAGUACAACUGGUGGGACAACCACAACCACAAAAUCAACAACCCCAACCGCUGUACCUCCUACUACAACUAAGGGACCAACCCCAACCACAACAGAGGAGCCAACCACGACCACAAAAUCUACAUCUCCGACCUCUGUACCUCCAAGUACAACUGGUGGGACAACCACAACCACAAAAUCAACAACCCCAACCGCUGUACCUCCUACUACAACUAAGGGACCAACCCCAACCACAACAGAGGAGCCAACCACGACCACAAAAUCUACAUCUCCGACCUCUGUACCUCCUAGUACAACUGGUGGGACAACCACAACCACAAAAUCAACAACCCCAACCGCUGUACCUCCUAGUACAACUAAGGGACCAACCCCAACCACAACAGAGGAGCCAACCACGACCACAAAAUCUACAUCUCCGACCUCUGUACCUCCAAGUACAACUGGUGGGACAACCACAACCACAAAAUCAACAACCCCAACCGCUGUACCUCCUACUACAACUAAGGGACCAACCCCAACCACAACAGAGGAGCCAACCACGACCACAAAAUCUACAUCUCCAACCUCUGUACCUCCUAGUACAACUGGUGGGACAACCACAACUACAAAAUCAACAACCCCAACCGCUGUACCUCCUAGUACAACUCAGAGUCCAACCACAAGCACAACAGAGGAGCCAACCACGACCACAAAAUCUACAGCUCCGACCUCUGUACCUCCAAGUACAACUGGUGGGACAACCACAACCACAAAAUCAACAACCCCAACCGCUGUACCUCCUACUACAACUAAGGGACCAACCCCAACCACAACAGAGGAGCCAACCACGACCACAAAAUCUACAUCUCCGACCUCUGUACCUCCUAGUACAACUGGUGGGACAACCACAACUACAAAAUCAACAACCCCAACCGCUGUACCUCCUAGUACAACUCAGAGUCCAACCGCAAGCACAACAGAGGAGCCAACCACGACCACAAAAUCUACAUCUCCGACCUCUGUACCUCCAAGUACAACUGGUGGGACAACCACAACCACAAAAUCAACAACCCCAACCGCUGUACCUCCUAGUACAACUAAGGGACCAACCCCAACCACAACAGAGGAGCCAACCACGACCACAAAAUCUACAUCUCCGACCUCUGUACCUCCUAGUACAACUGGUGGGACAACCACAACCACAAAAUCAACAACCCCAACCGCUUACAACUGGUGGGACAACCACAACCACAAAAUCAACAACCCCAACCGCUGUACCUCCUACUACAACUAA